ACCUCCUACACCAGAAGUUAUGGAAAGAUCACACAUUUCAGUUAUGGUUUAGCAGGAAGAUGUUUGUUUAUCUGCGUUCCUAAGGCGUUGAAGCUCGUACUCGUUCAAGACCAAGCGUGCUUUAACACUACAGUGUCGAUUACGCCAAGAGAUAUCUUAGUUAAGUUUAAACUUUGUCGAUUCUUGACUAAAGGCAUUAUGAUAUGUCAAGAGUAAUGUUCAGUUCGAUAAAGUGCUAACAGGGCUAACUUACAUCUGAAGACAUUAGACGUAGCCUAACAUGCAACCGGGACACUAUUGCCAGACGAUACGGAGUCAGAGAUAAGUGGCGGAAGUUUCUCAAUAAACAGCUUGUUGAAAACCUGAAAUGCUGGAGAGAGCACUUCCUGGACAAAAAAAAAAAAAAAACCUAGCACAGUAGGCUAUUGUUACAAGUAGCCUAACUGAUAACUUGUGAGAGGGAAUUCCAUGCCCUGGAAUGGAAUUGUGCACAAAUGCUGCGAUGGAGAGUUGUUAUCGCCCGACAUGUGAGGUGGUCGAGCCCAGUCAUUCAAGGCCUAUUCCUGUGUAUUCUGACAUUUGGUGUAGUUCUACCUUUGUGUUGUCAUCGUUUAAUGUACUCUUACUACUUUCUGAAGUUCAUGUAUUUGGACUCCAUGAGUGAGGAGGCUCUUAAGGACAGCUACAAUAAAGGCCAAGAAGCACUACAUUUCUGGCAGGAGAUGACCUCAUCAACAAAAGCUUCAGCUCUUACCCCAACAUCUGCUCCAGAGUUUCCAGAAUUUUUAGUAACUGUAGUCACAGCAAAACGCAGAGAGGGCCAGGACUACCAUUAUCUCCUGCAAGUGAUGCAGCGGCUAUUGUCUCUGCUUGGGGAUUGUGGGGAAAGGCCCUGUGCUGAGGUGCUAGUAUGUGAUGUGGAAACUGGUCCAUUGUUAAAUGAGGAUGCCACACUGUUAGAAAAACAGUUCCUGGUGGUGAGGCGGUCAGCAGAGCAAUCAAAGAGAAGGGGUAGACUAAACACUUUUGAAAAAGAGAAACAGGACUAUGUGUACUGCCUACGCAAAGGCUGGGAGUUGAGGAGACCAAAAAAUGUACUAAUGUUAGAGGAUGAUGCACUGCCAAGACCUGAUUUCUUUUCUGUAAUCCAAGAUUUGCUCUCACGGUCCUUUACGCGUAACACUCUCUAUGUGAAGCUGUACCAUCCUGAGCGCCUGCAGAGGUACUGGAACCCAGAGCCUUACCGCAUUUUCGAGUGGGUGGGCUUGGGACUUGUAGGGGCGUCUGCUUUCUUCUUUAUGUUCUCGUACUGCUCUCGCAUUUUACUGUCCUUCUCAGUUUCCCAUUUCCUCUUUUUCACUGUGUAUGUCAUGGUUGCUGUGGAGCUGGUUGGCAGGCACUACUUGUUGGAGAUGCGGCGUCUCUCCCCACAACUCUAUGCUGUUUCUCCUGCAACAGAGUGCUGCACACCUGCCAUGCUUUACCCAGGAAAUGCCUCUGCACGGGUGGCUGACUACCUGGACCAAGUGACCUGUUCCAAAGGAAAUGCUAAAGACACUGUGUUGUAUAAGAUUGCUAGAAGUACUCAAGGGGAGAGAGCACACAGUGUAGAGCCUAAUCUGAUCUCUCACAUUGGGGCAUACUCUUCGGUCAGGAGCAACCCUUUGCGUCCCAAGCUGCUGCCAUAGAUGCAUAGGAAGUGGUGGGAAAAAAGUUUUGUAUUUGAUUGAAUUCUUGGUUGGCCAAAUGAUUUGUAAGUCUGAAUAGCAUGUCUGUCCAACUGUUGAUAUAACCUAAGUUGGUCAAAUGUCAGGCUUGGGAGGCUGUAAUUGUUUUGUCAUAGUUAAGCCUUAAGAAAUAUGUGUAUCAUAUUGGUUGUGGAUAUCUAUCUAUAUUGAUUUUAUUGAUUUCGAGUUUUUAUCUUGAGUUCUAUCUGCUCAUCAUAACAUUAACUGUGAAAUGUUGAUUCACAGCAGAUGAUUGGACAAAUAAACAUAGGCCUAUGAUGAUUAUUAUAGCCUAAACAUGUGUGUUUAUUUUUAAUACUGAAAUAAUUAACAAAACAUACAUUUUAUUUUACUAUGUUAUAACGUAUUUUGCAUGAAUGAGCCUUAAGUAGCCUAAACAUGUAUUUAUCAAGCUUUGUUUUUUCCCCUCCAGAAAAUAAAGUAUCUAACACUGUCCUCAAA